AUGUCGUCUCUUACUCCUGGGCAUGUUCUUCAAGGCGCCUGUUGGAACUAUUCCCUUAUGGAACAUGUCAAAGGAGAUCACACGCACAAUUCCGACGUUUUUAAGGCCCAGGUUGUUCCACGUGAGAACGCCCGCGUCGUCCCCGAAGUUCCCAAAUGGGCUUUUAUCAAACGGGCGUCUAAUUUUGAAUAUGCAACUGAGAACCUGCCACGUGAGGUUAAGAUUUAUGGCCUUCCUGGUGUCGCCUCGGCCGAGUGCUUCCGGAAAAUGUAUGAAAAAAUCGACGACAGCACCAUCGCUUUGGAAUGGUUGGACACUACGCUCGCAGAGGUGGAAUACCAUCCUGACAUGAGAAUCUACUCCAUCAUCAAGUCUGUUUUAAAGGCAGCAUUCACAAGUUGUGUCGUUCUGGAGGACCACAAACAUGUAAAUACAGACUAUAAACCCGCCAAUAUCUUGCUUUCUAACAUCGACACUGACCGUGUUAUCGCUAAAGUGGGGGACUUGGGACUCGUUGUCCCGGUCGGCGAACUUCUUAACGCCCAACCAUUUGCUAUGCGCGCCCCUGAAGUCUUCCUAGGCGAAGCGUGUACUGAGCCAUCGCAGGUCUGGGCUGUUGCCGCGAUGCUACUUUGCUGGAUCAAACCUGGUGUGUUGGGCGCUUGGGACAGCCCUCAUCCCUUGAUUAACGAAGCUUGGUCCAUGGCAAAGAUACAGCGACUCUUUCCCCACUGGGAGAUUCCCACUCUUGAAAUGGUGAAGGGCGACACCCUUAAAGUUGCAGUAAAUUCUGCCCAAUCUUUAAGUACAGAGGUGCCAGAACUGCAAGCAAUCUUACCUUUCGAUGAGGAGACAAAAAAGGUGGACAUGCCACAGAAGUUAAGAGAUCUUCUUCGUUUUAUUCUGGUACCUGAUCCGGAAAAAAGACCCUCCGCCUCAACUGUGCUUGCGUCGAGGGAAUUUCGAGAUUUUGAACAUUACGUGAGCGUAUAG